UAUUGGUAUCAUUUUAGGUUAGUUCAGUCGGUCCGGAAAACUUUCAAUCAAAAAUAUAAUUUCUUAUCGACCUUUUAUUUUUUGAAUAUAUUUUAAAUUAUUAGUAAUUACCAUUUUUCAUAAACAAUAUACUAGUUAAAAUGUUGUUAAACAAUUCAAUCCGUAUGUUUGGCCGACAUCUCCGACCUUUGUCAAAGAAAACAUUAAGAAUGUACUCUGUCGCCCAACCAUUGACUAUACCACAGCCAGACGGAAGCUCUGUGUCGAGCUCUCCAAAGUUAGAAAAAUUAUAUACAGAAAUCACUUCCUUAACGAUGGUUGAAGUUUCAGAAUUCACUGAAUUAUUAAAAGUCCGUCUUAACCUAAAAGACAUUCCCAUGGGAGCCAUGGUCAGCGCACCAGCUGCAGGAGGACAAGAAGAAGAAGAAGAAGUAGCUGCAACAGUCAAGACAAGUUUCACUGUUAAAUUAAUGAAAUUCGAUGAAAAACAAAAGGUUGCUUUAAUAAAAGAAGUGAAAAACUUAAUGGAUGGCAUGAAUUUAGUACAGGCUAAGAAGUUUGUUGAAAGUGCCCCCACAGUUAUCAAAUCGGAUAUUGGUAAAGACGAAGCAGAGAAAUUAAAAGAAGCAUUUACUAAAGUAGGAGCUGAAUGUGUAAUUGACUGAGUUUUACGCAUUUGUUAUAUUGUAAUAAUAUAUAAUUAUUUUUUAAUUUCACUUAAUUGGAUUAAUGUAAGUAGUCAACAUUCAUAAUGUAUCAAUAAAGUUUUAUGUAUGA